ACGAGGAGGUAAAAGUGAGCGCUGUCGUCUGUACGCACAGGUGAUUUUCAGUCUUGUUUCGCAUUGCGUCGGGUGAGAAAAUGGGAAAGCUUCAGGAGUUUAAGAUUGCCUUUGAGAAAAACAAAGAAGUGUACAGUCCGGGAGAGUCCAUCUCUGGAACCGUGACAGUAAAACUGGGCCAACCGCUGCAGUGUAAAGCUAUCAAAGUGAACUGCAAUGGUUUCUGCGGCAUCACCAAUAAGUUCAAUGACACAGCAUGGACGAUGGAGGAGCAGUACUUCAACAGCACGAUCUCAGUGGCAGACAAAGGUACCCUGAAAGAGGGAAUGCACACGUUUCCCUUCAAGUUUCUCAUACCAGCCACUGCUCCAACAUCUUUUGAAGGCAUCUAUGGAAGGAUCAUUUACAGAGUGAGGGCUUUUAUUGACACACCACGAUUUUCCAAGGACUACACCACAGAGAAAGCUUUCUUCCUGCUAAGCCUUCUGAACCUGAAUGAAGUGCCAGAUAUAUGGGGAACCUGCUCAUCUGCAGUGACUCAGCAGUUCACCUACAUGUUGAUGAAAACUGGCACAAUAGUCUUGAGGGCUCAGACGCACAUGAAGGGUUACACACCAGGAGAGAUCAUUCAGGUGACCGCCAACAUCCACAACCAAUCUGGGAAGAACACCGGCAACAUGGCAGCCAGUCUGAUACAGAGAGUGACCUAUGAGACGAAGAAGCCGACCCAUGAUGUGAGAAUAAUAGCGGAGGUGGAGGGAGGCGUGGUGAAAGCUGGCAAAGAGGUGGAGUGGAAGGAGCAGAUCAUUGUUCCUCCCCUGCCUCAGUCCUCCCUCGCUGGCUGUGAGCUUAUAAAGAUCGAAUAUUUUGUCAAAGUGUGUCUGAAGUCUCCUGAUGUCAUGCUGACACUACCCAUCCACAUUGGGAACGUCGCAUUAGACAAAAAACAACGGCCGUCCAAAAAAGCAUCUGCUCCUUCCACUGAGGAUACGCCAGCCUCUGACUCAACACUAGACACAUCCAUUUCUGCCUCCUCGCCCACCUUGCCCCCUCGUCCAGCCCCAAAACCUGCUCCUCGUCUUGCCCCUCGCUCUAGGGGAUCCUCCCACAAUUCCCCCAGCGCUCCUCCAGCUGAGUACCACCCAGGAGCAGAGGGAGGGGCCUUGAUGAAUGAGGACUUCCAAAACAAGCGGCAGUCUCAACUGGUGUCACCCAAUGCAUUUAGUUAUGCGCCAGGCCUCUUUUUUCCUCAAAACCAGCAGCCAGUCGGACCAGCUGCAGCACCCAACGGGCCUGAAUUUAGUGGGUCCACAGGGACCACAAGUCUUUACCCCUCUUUGAAUGGUACCACUUCAGUGGCAACACCACAGAUCCUGCCUCCAGACUACAGCACGUCAGAUUAUCCAAAAGAGGCUCCUCCUUCUUACAAUGCAAGCUGCAACACAUGAGAUGGACAAAGAAGAAGAAACCAGGAACGACUAACAAUUAACUGAUAUUCAACAAAAUGUUGAGGUGAAGUUCAUGUGUAAUGUUGCCGCGUUUCUAAUAUAAGAGCCCUGUCAGUUUAAAAAGU